UGCGAGCCCUCCGGAGAGCUGGGUGCCACCGCCGUUGCCACCACUGAGCCCUGCCCGCCGGCCGGCCCGCUCGCUAGCUCGCUUCCCCUCGCCCAGGGGGAAAGGUCAGCAGCGUCCUGGAGCCGCCGUGUCACUCCCCGAAAGCCAUGAACUGCAGCGAGAGCCAGAGGCUGCGAACCCUUCUGAGCCGCCUGUUGCUCGAGCUGCACCAUCGGGGUAACGCCAGCGGCUUGGGCGCAGGCCCUGGCCCCAGCAUGGGCAUGGGGGUCGUGCCUGACCCUUUCGUGGGCCGCGAAGUGACCAGCGCCAAGGGCGACGACGCCUAUCUCUACAUCCUGCUCAUCAUGAUCUUCUACGCCUGCUUGGCCGGAGGCCUCAUCCUGGCCUACACCCGCUCCCGUAAGCUCGUCGAGGCCAAGGACGAGCCGUCCCAGGCUAGCGCCGAGCACGAAUGGGCCCCAGGAGGCGCCCUGGCCGCCGACGCCGAGACUGCCGCGGGCUCCCCGGCCGAGGGCUGCCGCCAGCUUGCCCCCGGGGGGCUGCCUGCCCUAGCCCAGGGGGCUGAGCGGGUCUAAAACCACAGCCCCAGGUUGCUGGUUUGCGCCCUCCUCAUCUCGCUCAUCCCUGGGCGCGCCUCCCGCCUUUCACCCCCAACUCCCUUCCAGGGUUGGCCUCAUCUGAGGCCCAAAUAAUGGUGAGAGGCCAGGAGACCUUGUCUGGAAGGCCCUGGAAGGAGAAGCACCACCUUACCCAUUCGUGGCCAGUUUCUCCCUCUUCACCCCUGCGCCUCCACCCCUACCCCGCACAUCCAACUGCACUAAACUGCCUCUGCUCUCUUGUCUUCAGACAGCCCUGAGAGCAGGCUCCGGCCCUCUGGGAACUGAAUCUAACACGUCCAACACUUGGCAUUGAACUGAAGCAAUCCAUUCUAUCAGAACUCUGGGCCGUCUAACUGGCAGCUGCUCCAGGGGCUGCCAGGGACUGCUCACUCUGCAGAGCCAACGGGCUUGCCAGGCCGACUGCAGCAGCUCCAGCUUCCAGUUGCCUUAGGGACAGAGACAAAGGAAAUGAAGAGACCUCAGACAUCUUUUCCCUCCCUCUCUCUUUCAGCAGGGAGCUAGCAGGACACUAGGAACAGUCUGUGGGAUAGAAUGAACUUAAUGGGGGAUGGAAGCCGGAGGAGUGCUCAACGGGGAGGGAAAUGAUCUAUGACUGCAACUGUAUGGUUUUCUCGCCUCCCCAGUUUUCAUCCCAGUGGUAACUUGCCUGAUUUCUGGUAGCUAUGCCAUCUUCUGCUGAGGGUUACCAUUGCUGGGUGUAUCACCCCCGUACUUCCAAAUGCCUCUCUUCUAUUGAUUCAGUUGUUAUUGCAGUGUCUGCUUCAUCCGUGGAACUUGAGGCUCAGAUGUCCCCUGCUCUGUAACCCUGGGGAAUGUCAGAGGCAGGUAAUAAAGGUUGUUUAAACAAUAA